GGGGCGGGGCCUCGGCAGGGAGGGAGGGGAGGCGGGCGGCGGAGGCCUCAGUAGCUUUGCCCGCGGCCGCUGCAGGAGCUCCGCGUCGGCUGCAGGAGGAAAACAGCCGGAGCCAUCAGCCUUCGAAGCCACAGAAUCCUGAGCAGCGGUUGUGAGUGGCCUACAGCUAGACACCUUCUGCUAGCUCUGAAAUGAACCCAUCACACUGAGUGUUUUGUUGUCUGGGAGCCAGGAGCACUGGAUUCUGCUGACUUCAGGCUAGAGAGAAAGCAGUCCCGAUCCUCAUAGCAAACCUCUGAACCAGUGUGAUGGUGAAAUGAGAUGAGGCUCCGAAAUGGAACUGUGGCCACGGCGUUAGCAUUUUUUACUUCGUUCCUUACUUUAUCCUGGUACACAACCUGGCAAAAUGGGAAAGAAAAACUAAUUGCUUACCAACGAGAAUUUCUUGCUUUAAAAGAACGCCUUCGAAUCGCUGAACACAGAAUCUCGCAGCGCUCGUCUGAAUUAAGCACCAUCGUGCAGCAGUUCCGGCGUGUAGGUGCUGAAACAAACGGAAGUAAGGAUGCGCUGAAUAAGUUUUCAGAUACGACCCUAAAGCUACUAAAAGAGUUAACAAGCAAAAAAGCCCUUCAAGUGCCAAGUAUUUAUUAUCAUUUGCCUCACUUGCUGCAAAAUGAAGGAAGCCUUCAGCCCGCUGUGCAGAUCGGCAGUGGGAGGACAGGAGUUUCAAUAGUAAUGGGAAUUCCCACAGUGAAGAGAGAAGUUAAAUCUUACCUCAUAGAAACGCUUCAUUCCCUUAUUGAUAAUCUGUAUCCUGAAGAGAAGUUGGACUGUGUUAUAGUAGUCUUCAUAGGAGAGACAGAUAUUGAUUAUGUACACAGCGUCGUGGCCAACCUGGAGAAAGAAUUUUCUAAAGAGAUCAGUUCUGGCUUGGUGGAAGUCAUUUCACCUCCCGAAAGCUACUACCCUGACCUGACAAACUUGAAGGAGACAUUUGGGGACUCUCCAGAAAGAGUGAGAUGGAGAACGAAGCAGAACCUAGAUUACUGUUUCCUAAUGAUGUACGCUCAGGAAAAGGGUGUGUAUUACAUUCAGCUUGAGGAUGACAUCAUCGUCAAACAGAAUUAUUUUAAUACUAUCAAGAAUUUUGCCCUUCAACUUUCUUCGGAGGAAUGGAUGAUUCUGGAGUUUUCCCAGCUGGGCUUCAUUGGUAAAAUGUUCCAGGCACCGGACCUCAGUUUGAUCGUGGAGUUCAUAUUUAUGUUCUACAAGGAGAAGCCCAUUGACUGGCUCCUGGACCACAUCCUCUGGGUGAAAGUCUGCAAUCCUGAGAAAGACGCAAAACAUUGCGAUAGACAAAAAGCCAAUCUGAGGAUUCGCUUCAGACCUUCCCUUUUCCAGCAUGUUGGUCUCCAUUCAUCACUGUCCGGAAAGAUUCAGAAACUUACGGAUAAAGACUACAUGAAACCAUUACUUCUUAAAAUCCAUGUAAAUCCUCCUGCAGAGGUUUCGACUUCCUUGAAGGUUUACCAGGGGCACACCCUGGAGAAAACCUACAUGGGGGAGGAUUUCUUCUGGGCUAUCACCCCAAAUGCUGGAGACUACAUCCUGUUUAAAUUUGACAAGCCAGUCAACGUAGAAAGUUACUUGUUCCACAGCGGCAACCAGGAUCACCCGGGAGACAUCCUGCUGAACACAACUGUGGACGUUUUGCCUUUGAAGAGCAAAGAUUUGGAAAUAAGCAAAGAAACCAAAGACAAACGACUGGAAGAUGGCUAUUUCCGGAUAGGGAAAUUCGAGAACGGCAUAGCGGAAGGAAUGGUGGACCCCAGUCUGAAUCCCAUUGCAGCCUUCCGACUUUCAGUGAUUCAGAACUCUGCCGUGUGGGCCAUUCUUAACGAGAUUCAUAUUAAAAAAAUCACCAAUUGAGCAUCUAAGAAAUCAACACCGUUUUCCUCUGGAUCUGUCCAUUAAAGAUAAUUAAGCAUGUACUUUAAAACUCGAACACUACCUCUUGUGAAAUCUACUGUAGAUGAUUGUCAUUUCCACUUGGAAAGCGAAUCACCCAUGGAUAUAAUUGUAUUCAUUUGAAGUCACAUUGUCCUCCAAUUUUAACUUGACUCAAACAUUUUACAAUUAUGACAGCCUGUUAAUAUGACUUGUACUAUUUUGGUAUUAUACUAAUACAUACAGAGUUGUACAUAUUGUUACAUUCCUUAAAUUUGAGAAAAAAAUAAUGUUAAAUACAUUUUAUGAAGGGGGUACUUUUGAAGUUCAUUUAUUUUACUAUUAUAAACCCUCUUUUAUAGAUUAUCAGGGAUUAUAUAUAUAUAAUAUAUAUAUAUAUAUAUAUAUAUAUAUAUACAUACAUACAAAUGUUAUGUUAAUUUAUUAGAAACACCUAAGGAGUACAUAUUUUUGUGCAGUAAAUUUUGGAAUCGAUACUUUUUUUGAAAAUGUUACCUUGCUUUUUUAAGUUCUUUCUAUAUUUUUUCUUUCAAAAUGCAAACAUUACAAAUCAAUGCCAUUUUUCAAAUGCACUGCCAUUGAAGAUUGACUGUAGAUGGAUUUCUUAACUGAAAUACUUUUCUAAUCAUAGCGACUCUGAACAAAAUAUUUUCAAAGGCAUUUGUCAUUCUUCAAAGCCAAGAUUUUAAAGACCAGCGUCCUUCCCGAGGGUUCUUUUACUGUACCAAGUAUGGUGCGCAGCCCUGAGAAGUAGGCUCGGUGGAGCUCAGCGUGUGGGAGUGACGCGUCUGACCGGCCGCCAACGGGUGGCUGCCUAAGGUCUCCUCCGGUGAAGAUGAGAAACUCCUCUUUCCUUUUGGUCUUUGUCUUUAGUUCCUGAGUUAGACGCGUCCUGUCCUUUGAUCCUUUUAUAUCUGCUCUCAUUUUCUGAGUUCUGACAAAUGUUUUCUAUGUCAUGUUCUCAUAGGAGUCAUAACGGGAAUAAUUUUAAAGAAAAAUUGUAACACUGAUUUUCAGUGAAAGGUAUUGUAGCGGUUGCUUUUCCAGAAUGGUUUUCUCUACUGCACUGUGUUAUGAACCUGCAAGUAAAUCAUGUGACCAAAAAGAGCAUUUAUUACUCUUCACACACGCAGUUCCAAAGGUUUCUACUGUCAAGAAAGAAUUUCAUCCGCCUCAGCAGUCAGGGAUCUUUGUCAAGCAGAGGUGUGAACUGGGCAGCGACUCCCAGCCAGGCUGCUCUGGCAACCCAGAGGGCUGCUGCAGAGACUCAUCCUCUGGGCUGUGGGUGGCCCCGCGCAGGCGUGGGCUGUGGGUUCAGCUGGGACGAACCUCGGCAGUUAUCCAGUGUGCACAGCAGGUAGCUCCAAGCAGUGUUUUCCGCAGUGUUAUGAAGGGGGACGGGUAGGAGGUGAUGACAUGGUACCGUUAUUUCCACCACUCACUGUUGUAACAGUUUUUACUUUAUUUAUUUUUAUUUUUUGGUACCGGGGAUCAAACUCACUACCUAGCACUUGCCAGGCAUUUAUGACACCGAGGUAAAUCCCAGCCCUACUUUUUACUUUUCUUGAGUGGAAAAUCCAUAAUGAUGUCAAUAAUUUUGUUUUUGGUACUGGGAAUUGAACUCAGGACCUGGCACUUGCCAGGCAGCUACUGUACCACUGAGCUGUAUCACUGACCGGCCCAAUAAUGAUUUUUAUAGCAAAGUCCAGUUAGAAUUUUUUAUUGGGGGUUCCAAUCAUCUUACUUUAUUUUCAGUUUUCUUCUCCAGUUUCCUUAGCGUAGUGCCCACAAAUAAAUGUCUUCAAAAAGAGGUAUAACCUUUUGUUACAAAAUGUUGCCCCAGCUUUUGGCAUAGAUUACUGCUGAAGCCACUGAGCAGCGGAAGGUAGAAAUCUGUGCAAAUGGGCUAGCAGUCCCAGUGAGUUUGUGGUCCCUCAGUCGCCGACUGGCUUAGGGAAGAAACACUGUCCUCUGAACCCAAGGAGUGUGUGUUUCGGACAAACCCAGAGCUCACGAGGCAGCCUGUAACUGGCACUGCUCCGUCCACUGUGGCAGGUGCUGAGUGAUCUGUGCUAGUUGCCCCCUAUUUUUAUCCCACCCAACACUAGGUGGUCAGUGGCAGCCUUGGUGUCCCCAAGCAAGGAACCAUGGCGGUAGCCCUGCAGGGUAGUGCUGGGGCAGAGUGGCAGGAACUGGAAGAAGAUAAAUACACCAGGCCACUUUUACCAAAGUACUGAAUGAGAAGGGUGUCAUAGGGUGGGCUAAUUAUAGGUGUAAAGGGCACCGGUUAGCAGCUGGUGUGUACGUCAGAAUAAACUAUUCAGACCUUGCAGCAGUGCUGGCCUACACAACAGCCACUAGACACAGGGUGACUAUUUAAAAAGUAAAAAGAACUUACUUUUGCAUUUGCACUAGCUAUGUUUCAAGUAUUCUGUAGCUAGUGACCACCAAACUGGACACCAGAGAUACAGAUCAUUCCUUCCUUGCAAGAAGUUUUGUCGGACGUAUUGUAUCCCAUCCACAGUGCUGACAUGACACUUCGGAAGCCUGAGUUCCUUAAUGAGGUUAAAAGCAGACACCCAUGUAUUAUAAUUCAGAUGAGUAUUAGGGGCAAGGUCCACGAUGUCAUGGUUCUUUUGUCGAAUGUGCUUGGCAUGUACUGUAUCAUGCCAUGCAGUCAAGACAGAGUGGCUGAAAACGUUACAAAGUUUAACAUGGACUUGUAAGAUAGCCUGUGGGCUGGACAUGUAGGCAUGUAUUCAGUCAUUAGCGAUGUCUGGAGGCAAAGGGACCCUGGCUUUUCAAAUCAGUGGCUGCACUAUGAAGAAUUAGAAGUGUGGUUAUUUCAAAAGCCAUCAGCAAAGCGGUAAAGGCUUCUUUUUAAUCUUGCAUAAUAAGAAAGGACAAAACUGUCUCCCAGCAAUGCUGUCUCUCGGAGUUUGGUUUGAUGGAAACAGCAUAUUGGAGAUUGUUCCGUUAAGAGCAGCCCGUGUUUGUGCUCAGGCAAAAUGCAAUGGUGACCGCCCCCACCCUGAGACCCUGUGUAACAGAACCCACCCUGCCCCCCGCGGAGGUGUGACUGCAGGGUCUGCAAUUAUACUGUAAUACAGAGCAGAGGGGAGACAAUUGGGGGUCACUAAUCCAAUGUCAGCCCUUUCAAAGAGGUCUCCUCAGAGGAUGCCUCAAAACACCAUUGGUUUGAGGGGGGAGGGGCUGCAUGAGAAGGAAUAGAGUUGAGAGGCUCUGGCAGCUAGGCAGGAAAAUGGGUCUGCAGCCUGUCGCCAUGGGAACCAAGAGCAGGGCACAGGCUUCAUUUACAGGCUGAGAAGUGGGUCCGACUUCAGCGCCCAGCCCAGCAGCACCAGGCUCCCAGCUUGGCGGGACCCUGAACUGAGCUCACCUAGGCCUGCAUACCUGAGCUGACUGGGUGGGGCUGAGCUGUGUUAGACUUGGGCUUCACUGUUCGCAGUGACUGAACAGAGUCACUUUGUCUCUGAAAGCGGUAGAGACGUCUCCGUCCUGGAUUCCUGAUAGUGCACUGGAUUUUUAAAAUUUUGAUAAACACAUGGGUAGAAUCUUCAGUAGAUUAUAUUCCUAGGCUUCAGCGAGAAUGUUCUCUGCCAGAAGACUCUUCGUUAGCAGUGAAAGAGCACUAGCGUUUUGCCAGGGUCUUAGCGCUGCGGGAGGAACACCCGCGGACCAUGAGUGACAUGUUCGUACUGACGCAGAGACUGCUCCGAAGUGUGACAGAAGGAUGAUGCACAGUGGUAUUGUAGAGAUGCCAAAUUAAGAGAAAAAAACACCUGCCUUUCCAUAGAGCUUAGGUAAUUUGUAUGAGGGACUUGUUUUUAAAGUCAGUUUAAUACAGAUCAAACUCUUAGUUGUGCCAACCAAAUUUUUGUACUUUGAUGCUUUUUAAAAUACCUCUUUGCUGCUAAGCUGUUAAUUGCUAAUGAAGCUUAUACUUUGGCUUAUCCAUUUCUGUGCUCAGUUUUACUAGAUUGCCAUAGCCCUCAUGUAAGACCAGUAGAGCUAAAAGAAAGAAAAUCAGAGGCCACUAGAUUGUCAAAAGAUCACAAAUUUGUGUCAUAAUCAUCUCUUCACGUUGUAAGGGAACAUAGAAUUCCAAUCCAGUUUCUUUAUAAAAAAGGAAACUUUCCCAAGCUACGUUACCAGUAUUUAUAGGUUAUAAACUUUAAUAGUGGUAAAAUUUUAAAUUAAUGUUAACUGAUAUAUGCUAUGACAACCAGUAUGCUUACUUUAUUUCUUUAAUGCAUGUGAAGAUACAGUGCUAAAAAGACAACAGUAUUAUUUUUUUUAAACAGCAGCCAAAUCAAGGAUUUUGUUACAGGUACCCUCCAUCAUCACUGGCCAGGUGAACCCUUCUCACCUGAAACAUUCCUUUCUCCAGUUUUUGGGCACUAAGAUUUUUCUCAAAGAGUAAAGAGAGAAGGACUUGGCUGGAUCAUGUGUGUGGGCCGAGAAGGAGGCGACUUUAAGCAGCAAAGGAAGAGUUAACACUGUAGUAAGGCCUAAGGGACAGCAGUGGGAAAACUGGUCUGAAAUAAGGAUCCUCCUCGUGGGGACUAUUUCCACACUCCUGGACACCAGGGAGGUCAUCUUGCAUUACUUGCUCUUAGUUUCGUUGCAGUGGUCAUUAGCAGACUAUUGUAGCGUGCUAGGUUCGGCACGCCCGCUUGGUUAGCAUUCCUUUGCUUCUCUGAAAUGCUGUGUUUGCCCCAAUUUGGUGAAAAUACCUUUGAAGACAUUUCUGAGCCUUAAAAGUGGCUGAUGUCGACAGUACUGUAAGAUGCACUGCCAGCAGACUCGAGCCUCAGUAGACACAGUCCGUUUUCUAGAAGACUUAGACUCCGCUGAGCCUAACGGUUCUGGUUCACCUGCGCGCCGUCUGCGCUUCCUCCGGGCAGGCGCUUCUGCUUGCGGGCGGGCUCUGGAGAGGCCGCCAGAGGGUCUGCCGGGCUGCACCCGAUUUUUCUUCUCAAAUGUAUUGUACAUAUUUUCCUGAAAAUGUCUUCAUGGGUUGGACAGUUAAUAUAUUUAGUGAUACUUUAGGUACCUGUUGGAUUUUUAAAGGAAGAUUAUUUAUUUUCCAGUUUGCUGCUAUAACUGAAAUCCUGACAACUGGUCCUGUUGACUGUGCCUUUCAUCCCUGUUUGUGCUACAGCCAUUCUUGUGUAUUUGAAAUAAAGAACUUUGAAAGCCA